AUGUCCGGCGUGGAGCUGCUUGGCGUGUUAUCGGCGGUUAUCACCGUUCUCGAUGCCACCACAACGUUGUAUCAACGCGCACGGAAGGAUAUCAGAUUAUCCGAGACCUUUGAAGUCGCCGCGCGGCGGCUGCCGGUGCUUCUUCACAUUCUUCAAACUUUCAAAUCGACCUUGGAGCCACUCAAAGAUUCCUUGUCUUCCGAUGUUUGUGAGGCAUUGGAGGAAACGCUUAACAGCUGCGAGGAAAAGGCCCGAAGACUGUCGGAGAUAUUCACAAAGGUUCUAUCCGGGCCCACGGAUAGCGUUUCAUGGCGACAACGGUACUCGAAGAUCGUGCAUAGACUUGGCCAGCGAAACAAAGUCGAUUUGCUUAUGAUCGCAAUCACUCAAGACGUGCAGCUUUUAGUCAACUAUCACUGCGACACAACUCUGCUGGAAGACGGAUUUUCCCUAAGCUUCCACAGCAGUGGGGCCCAAAACAACAAUGUCAACAGUGGCAAUGGGCAGCUAAAUACUGGAAAUGGUCAACAGAUCAACACUCACGCUCGCGUUGAGACUCAAACCUUCAAUUUCGUCAUUCAGAGCCCUACUUCCUAUUUUGCCUCCUGGAGUAUGGGGUGA